CCUAAUAAUGGCAGCUCCGGUAACCGGAGAAGCCAGCUUAGAUGAAGAACGCUCCGGUUCUCAGAUCGUCAUUAACAAACUGAAAACCCCCAAUUCUGCAGAAGACAACUUGAUUAUAGCGCAAUUGUCGAAAACAGCUCUUACUCAGCUUCAUGUUCCCUGUGCUUCUUCAUUGAGUAAACGGCGAAAAUCGAAGCCGAUGAGGUUUGAUGUUUCUCGAACCGAUGUUCGAAAGGAACAUUCUUCUCCGAAGAUUAAGAUUCAGGUACUAAGCGAUCCUUCAGUCCCUUGUUUGAGCUUAACGAAAGAAAAGUCUCCAACUAAAGGCUUCAAAACUCCAGUUCCAAGUUCACCUGCUAUGAUUAGAGCACUGGAGGUUCAGUCAAGUCUUGGAAUUGAGUUUCCUAGCUGUAUUAAGAUAAUGGUUAGAUCACAAGUCAGUUGUGGUUUUUGGAUGGGCCUUCCGCUGCCAUUCUGUAGGUCAUUUCUCCCAAAAGAAGACACUACAUUUUUACUUGAAGAUGAAAAGGGAGAGCAAUGUGAAGUCAAAUAUAUUGCAUACAAGAGUGGGCUUAGCGCGGGUUGGAAAAAGUUCGCAGUUACACAUAACUUGAUUGAAGGAGAUGUUUUGGUCUUCCAUCUGGUUGAACCUUGGAAAUUUAAGGUUUACAUACUUAAGGCGAAUGUUUCGAAUGAAGUAGAUGGUGCUCUUAGCCUUUUGAAUUUGGAGGCACAUACCGAACAAAUAACUCCAGUUACUCCAUCUCCUAAAACAAAGAGAAGCAAGCAUACAGAGCCUCUUUCUUUAACCGUGGUCGAAAAGAAGCACAAAAAGACUCCCCCUUCAUCAAGAUCCAUCCCCCCUUCUCAGCUCAGCAGCCACCGCAUUGAACAUUCCGGAAACGAUAGUGAAGAGGUAGGCUCGGAAGUUCUAGAAGGUUCCAGACCCUCUAAACCUGUGCUUUUGUUCCAAGAAGUCAAAGCCUUUGAAGAGUUCCGGAUUGUAGUCAAAGGGCUGUGCAUCGACUCUGAGCUUCCGGAUGACGUCAGAGCUAGUUACUACAAACUAUGCCUAGAUAGGAAACAAUUCCUUCACGAUGGUCUUCGUGAAGGUCUGUACUACAAGCUGGUGGCGGGUAUGAUCGGUGAAACCGUAAGCAUUGCAAACGAGAUCAAGAACUGCAAGCCCACCACAACAAAGGAAGAGUUUGGAGUAUGGGAUGAUUCCCUGAGAUCCUUCGAGCUCUUGGGAAUGAAGGUUGGUUUUUUACGCGAUAGGAUACAUACACUUGCAACACUCGUAUCAGAAGGUGCAUUGGAUAUGAAGAGGUACGUGGAGGCAAGAAACGAACAGAAACGGAUCAAGGAUGAGAUAAAGAAACUUACGGAAAAGAUUUCGGAAUUGAAGGAAAACGCUCGGAAGUUUGAGCGGAUUUCGGGUUCGUUGAAGCGGAAGGCUGAGAAGUACGAGCACCGGUUCCGGGACGCACUUGGUACACCAUGGUAAGCUCGAUUAAAAAAACUUAGAUAUGUGACAUGCUCAUCAUAAACUGUAAAACUUUGUGACCUAUGAGCUAGUAUUAUCUGAUUAGUAGCAA